AAGCUCAGCUGGCAAUUAUGUAUUAGCUACUGAAAUUGAAUGCUCACUAACUCUUCCUGUAUCAAGUGAUGCGAUAGCUAGUAGUAAUGAAGAUUUUAAUAUGUCCACAAAUGAAUCAUAUUCUCAAGUUAAAGGCCAUUCCUCUGUUUUCAAGAUGUCGAACAAUGAAUCUUACAUAAAGAAAGAAGAUGUUAGAAUACCUUUUUAUGAGCCUGCAAAUAAUAGGAUUAAAAUAAUUGCUCAAAUAAGAAAGUCAAAAUCUGUACUGAUUCAAUUUGAAAGCUUGAGAUUAACCAGCUCACUAGGAUCUGGUCAGUUUGGUAAUGUGUGUAAGGGACAGUGGAAGAAACCUAAUAGAGAUACCAUUGAUGUAGCAGUUAAGAUGUUACAAGAUGGAGCAAGUGAACAAGAGAAGAUCAAGUUCUUACAGGAAGCUGCUAUCUUGAGUCAAUUCACUCAUGAUAAUGUCAUUAAACUACAUGGAGUAGUCAGUGAUGAUGAACAUCCCAUGAUUGUGAUUGAGUAUAUGUCUAAAGGUGAUCUUGAUCACUUACUGCAAAAAAUGAUAACAAAUCCUGGUGAACUGGUUCAUCAUGAUACUCCUGCACUUCUUUUAAGUUUCUGUCAGCAAGUGUGUCUAGGAAUGACUUACUUGUCCAGCAAAGGAUUUGUUCAUCGUGACUUAGCAGCAAGAAACAUUCUUGUAUCUGCUGAUAAUAUUUGCAAGAUUAUAGACUUUGGUUUAUCACGUGAUCUUGAGGAUGAGAACUAUUACGUGUCUCACAAAGGAGCUAUAAUUCCAGUGAAGUGGACAGCACCUGAAGCUCUUAAUUAUAGGAAAUAUUCUACAGCCAGUGAUGUAUGGAGCUAUGGAUGUCUAAUGUAUGAGAUAUGGAGCAUUGGACGCAAACCUUAUGAGAGUGACAGUAACAUAUCUGCACUGGAAAAGAUCUGCUCUAAUGAGAGGUUGCCUCCUCCUCCUGGUUGUCCUGAAGCAAUAUACAGUCUUAUGAUAUCUUGCUGGCAUCCAGUAGCUAGUGAGCGUCCAAACUUUCAUAAGAUCAUGGUAUCACUCCUUCAACCAAACAAGAAUAUACUGACAAUACCAGAGUCUGCUUUAUCCUCUCAUCCUCAGGCUGGGUCUCUUGGAGGUACUCUCAAAGCUGGAGAGAAUAUGUAUCCAGAAAUACAACGCUGCUACUCUGAUACAAUGGACACUGCUUUAUAAGUAAUAUCUAUUUGAAUAUUCAUGUAAUGCAUUACUCCUAUGACAUUUAGUUAUUUUCAAAGCUGCUUGUUUUUAUUUUUGUAAUGUAGACUAGAUCUAUGACUCAUUAUUUUUUCAU